CCUCAAAUGAAGGAUAUGUUUGCUAGUUAAGUUUGCUGGUUGAUUAAAGUGAGGCAAAAGAUUCUUUUGUGUGAAGCGAGAGAAAUAUGACUAAUUUAUUCUUGUUAAAUUUGAUUGAGAUGAUGGGUAACUGAGGAGGCGGAUAAAGCUGACAUUGCGGGUACUUUUUAUCAGCAUUUGUUCACAUCUGAGAGCCAGGUGCCUAAUAUGACCUCACGAGUGGAAGCGCUCCCAAUUAGCAGAGCGGUGACUCCGGAGAUGAAUGCUAGCUUAACGGCUCCUGUCUCUCCGGAAGAGGUUCGCCGCACGGUUUUUGCAAUGGGAUCCAAACAGGCACCUGGGUCGGAUGGGUUCACUGGCAAGUUCUUUAAGGCCUUCUGGGACAUUGUUGGAGAGUCAGUGAUUGGUGCGGUGAUUUCUUUCUUUGAGUCAAGUAAGAUGCUCCGUAGCUUCAAUCACACGUGGUUGACGCUGAUCCCUAAAGUGGAAAACGUGGAAACAGUGAAGCAAUUGCGGCCUAUUAGCCUUUGCCAAUUUGUGUAUAAGAUCAUUUCAAAGAUCAUGGCGACUAGGCUGGCUGAAAUUUUGCCAGACAUUAUAUCGGACGGUCAAAAUGCCUUUAUUCGUGAGAGGCAGAUUGUGGAUAAUAUCCUUCUGGGGAAUGAAUUGAUGCACUAUUUGAAAACAAAAAACCGUGGUAAGAAAGGGUAUAUGGCUCUGAAGGUUGACAUGGAAAAGGCCUAUGACAGAGUCGAAUGGCCAUUUCUGCUUGCGAUUUUGGAAAAAAUGGGAUUUAAUUCAAUUUGGCGAGGAUGGAUUCAGGAGUGCCUCCGGUCGACCUCGUUUUCUGUCCUUAUGAAUGGUACCCCGUCAGGGUUCUUUUCCCCAUCCCGGGGGCUUAGGCAGGGUGACCCCCUCUCCCCUCUGUUGUUUGUCAUCUGUACGGAGGGGUUUGCAGCGCUCCUUCGUCAGGCAAUUUCGAACAAAAAACUAGAAGGGGUUAAAGUCGCUCCGCGUGCACCUCGGAUUUCGCAUUUGUUAUUUGCUGAUGACUCGUACUUGUUUCUCCGAGGAUCCCUCCAAGAAUGUGAAAAUCUGAUUGAGGUCCUGAAUGAGUAUGAGGAGCUGAGUGGGCAAAAGGUGAACCUGGCCAAAUCAGCGGUGUGCUUUAGCAAAAACAUUGCGGCACAGGAUCAGGAGUUUUUAGCCCAGGUGCUGGGUGUUGGGGCGGUUGGGGUACAUGAUAAAUACUUGGGGUUGCCAUCUUUAAUUGCUAGAUCCAAGAUGGCAACUUUCCAAUAUUUGGAAGAAAAGUUGUUGGAGAGAUUGCAGGGAUGGAAGCAGAGAACUUUGUCUUGGGCGGCAAAGGAAACCUUGAUCAAGGCGGUGGCAAUGGCUCUGCCGCUUCAUGUGCUAUCCUGUUUUAAGCUUCCCCUUGGACUGUGCAGGAUUCUGGAUAAACAUGUGGCCCGGUUCUGGUGGGGGAUGUCUGAAGGGCAUCCUAAGAUCCACUGGAUGUCUUGGCGGAAUCUUUGUCGCAGUAAGCAUGAAGGGGGUAUGGGGUUUCGCCGUUUUGAGCAGUUCAAUCAAGCACUCCUUGCAAAAGUUGGGUGGCGUAUUCUGAUGGAGCCUCAGUCCCUCUUGGCGCAGGUAUAUAAGGGUAAAUAUUUUCCGCAGGGAACGUUCCUUGAGGCUAAGGCCCGCUCUAGGCCCUCUUGGGGGUGGACGAGUAUUCUCCAUGGGCGGCAGUUACUUGUAGCUGGGUUGCGGUGGCAAAUUGGGAAUGGGCAGACGGCUCCGCUCCUGCAGGCUAGCUGGAUCCCAGGAUUGCAUCCGCAGCUGCCUGUUCAUAAUCCUCGGAUUUUGCCGGCUGGUCAUGAACCUCGUGUUGCUGAGGUCAUGUGUCAGGGUGGAGGGGGUUGGAAUGUGGACCGGUUGGGGCAGUGGUUUGACCCGCCUACCUGUAAUGCAAUUCGAGCUAUCCCUCUCCCGGUCAUGGAGGUGGAGGAUAAACUGAUGUGGCAUGCCACGGCGGAUGGGAUUUUCACAGUUAAAUCUGCAUAUCACUUGGCAGUGACGCUGGAUAAACGAUCGGGCCGUUGGCGGGAUAUGGUUAGCUGGAUGGAUAAAAAUAGUUGGAUUCGGUUGUGGGACGCGAAUAUUCCACCGAAACUUAAGAUCUUUGCCUGGCAGAUUUUUAACCAUAUCCUUCCUACUAUGGAGGCCCUUGUUGAGAGGAAGAUUCCGGUGCUGUUGCGAUGUCCGGUGUGUUGGGGAGAGAGGGAAUCUUUGGAGCAUUUGUUCCUCUAUUGCCCAGUUGCUCGAGCCAUGUGGGAUUACUCGGGGUUGGAGUCUCUGGGUGAGGGGCUUCCACGGCAGACGUUUCCCCUUUUCCUUAAGCGUUUACUGGCGCUCAUCCACCAGCCGGCUCAAUUUAUGGCAGUGAUUGCUGUCCUCUGGCGGAUUUGGAAGUCCCGAAAUUGGGUUGUGUUCGAGGGAAAACAAUUUGCCUUCGUGGCCUUAGUUCGCCAGUUUCAGCAGCAGGUGGAUGAAUGGAUGCGAGUACCGGGUGAUCCUUCUCCGGGCAGGGUUGUGAGGGUCUGGCAGGCCCCAGUUCCGCAGGAGGAGGUAGGGGUUGUUUGUAGGUGGGAUGGGGCUACGAGGACGGGUUCACAUUCUGCGGGGGGCAUGGUGCUGAGCGUGGAUGGUGGGAUUCUAAGGGCUACAGGGAUUCAGUUCCCAGUAAUCGAAGACCCGGUGGUUGCUGAGGUCUUGGCGCUUAGGGAGGCGGUGCGGUGGUGUCUGAUUCAAGGAUAUAGUGUGGUGAGGUUUGAGGGUGAUGCGAAGGUGAUUAUUGAUAAAAUCCAGGAUCGCGUAGACGAGGAUAGUAGGAUGGGGGCGGUUCUUAGCGAAGUGGUUCAAUGUUUUGUCUCCAUCCGGGGUUGAGUAUUCGAUUUGUAGGCCGGCGUAGUAAUAGGGUAGCCCACUUGGUGGCUAGAAAGGCCCUUUCGUUGUACCCGGCUGCUUGUCGUAGGUUUGAUUUUCUGGCCUGGCUAAAUUCCAGGAUGUAACUGUCUUCUUGAUUGAUUAAUAUAUAUCUUUUGCCAAAAAAAAAAAAUUUGAUUGAGAUAAGAAAAAAAAAUUUAGAAAGACCACACGAUGAAUAUAUGAUAGUUUUUUAAUUAGUGGUAUUCAUUAUUUGACAGUUCGAGAUGUAAUCGAAUAAUUAUCAUACAUUUUGCAUAGAAAUAAUUGAGAUGUAAUAGCACUUAAAGAUCAAAAUAGUAGUAUAUUUAAACAAAUAUCAUUACAAUGAAAGAAAACAAAAUUGCUCCGCAAAUAAAUUGACCCCCAAAAUUCUAUACACUGACUGAAUUAAUUAAGAUCAUUAUCAGGAGUUGUUUAUUUGAAUAUGAAGAUUGAUUAUCACAUUGGAAACAGCGAUGUGUCCAUUCCCCUGAACUAGCCCAACAAAGAAGUUUGCUUCCUUUUCCUUGGUAAGAUUUCAGAAAACAGGGGAAGGGAAGAGGUUAAAGGCAGGGCCAAAAUGGAGUGGUGCUGUGUCUUCUUCUGAGGGCCGGCUGGCUGGCUAAGGUUAAUUACCCCCAUUGCCCAUUUCCCUUCUCUACUCUAGUAUUACAUUCUGUAAUUGUAAUUAUGAACUUCAAGCACAAUUACAUACAUGAUUACCGUUAUGCACAACCAAAUUUAUCAUCCUAACAUGAUAGUGAUCGUAAUAAGUAAUAACCAUAACAAUUGGUUGUAAGUUGUAACUGUGAAGGAUCUCAGAUUACCUAAUACAUUAGAUCAAUCAAUCUUUUGCGUAAAAGUUGUACAUUUCUUCUCGCAUUUUCUACCUUGCAUUUACUACUAGUGAAAUGAAACGAACUUAAUCCGAAAGGGUGUUAUAGCGAUAAUGUACAACUUUACAAAAAGUAUAUCACCACCAUUUAUGGCUGCUUUGACAAAUUCCAAUCUCUGUGCGAGACUGUUUCCCUCCAUAAAUAAUUGUUGGUCUCCUUUCCUUUCCCCUGUAAAUAAUUUACUCUUUGCCUCCUCCUUCAUGUCCCCUCCCCCGGCCAUCUUCUCCUUUUGACUUUUCAAUCUCCCUUUGGCACUGAGCUAUAACUCAUUCACUAACAACCUUACUUGGUGUCUUCUUUAGCACAUUAAACUUAACAAGCCUCU